AUGCGCAACCCGGAGCAUGCUGGGAAAUGCGGCGGCGGCCUCCUGGUGACGGAGAGGCCCCUUCAGUGCGCGCCCGCCGGAGCCUCAUUUAUCAUGGCCGCGGAGCUCAGGGUGACGUGCGGGGUUGUCGGUGCCGGCCACCAGCUGACACUCGUCUUCACAGACAGCACGGCUGGAGAGCAAGAGCGAGGGGACCCCGAAGACCACGUCAGAAAGGGAGCCAGCGGGCAGGGAGACAGGCAGCCAGGAGCGGUAUUAGAGGCAGCGGCUGGGGACACGGUCGCCGAAGAGAGAGAGGAGUGCAUCUUUGCUGUCACUAUCCAAAACUCAGCAGUCAUUAACUGUUAUUUGAUGACAAAUUACGAAGAGAAAGAAGACACUGAGACUGAACUGGAGGUCUUUAGAUCCUUGUAUCACAAUACAGACUUGAACUGUUUUCAAAUCUCAAACUACACCUACAAAGCAGCCUCAACAGUGGAAGUCAAUAUAUUUGAAUUGGUAAGACUGAAGAUAGAGCACAAUAUAAAUGAGACAAUAUCAUGUUCCUGGUUGUUGGAACAGAAGAAUCGCUCUCACAUCAUAAAGGCUUCAAAGUGCAGUACCGUACUAAGUUUGGAUUUGGGUAGAGUGUCUGAAAAGCAAGCUGGAACAUACAAGCUUCUGAUACAAUGUAAAAACAUCAAUUACACUAUAGACUUUGAAGUCAUAGUGGGAGGUAAGCCACGGAAGCCAUAUUUCACUGCAGAGGGAAAAGUGGUGAGAUGUAUAUCAGAAGGAUUCCCUGCUCCUGAUGUCCGAUGGGAGUUUGACACCCCAUGCCAUCACAGGUGUGAAGACAAAGGCUCAUUGUCAUUGCUCAAGACAGAUUCCUACAGAAUUAUGCGAGUGCAGCACGAAGUGGAAGCCAAAUGUCUCAUGGGUCACAAUGAUACAUGCUGUGCAUCUAAUAAAUAUGGUACAGAGUGUGCUCAACUACCCACAAUAGAUCUUACUUUAGGAGAAAGCCAGUCAGAAAUUUUUGUUAAAUCUGGAGAUCCCCUUGUCAUUCGGUGCUGGGCUAACUAUCAAUCGUUUAUGUAUAAGAUUAGCGGUUCGGAAAGCCAAGCUCAGAUGCAGUGGAAUGAAGAAAACUGCUAUAAUAAUAAAAAUGAAAUGAUAAAAGUGUUAUUUGCAUCAACUGCAAAGAUGAAAGGAGGAAGCAAUACAUCCAUCAACUGCUUAUCAAAUGUUCAUGGAAACAAAACCGUACUGCUUACACUCUUUGAUAAAGGGAUUAUUGACAUGAACAUAACAAGUGAAGAGCAGGAUGUAGACAGCCGGGAAGAACAUUGUUUUAUUGCAGAGUUUAAAGCAUUUCCUCCUGGAAGAUGUGCAUGGUUUCAUCAGUCUAAACCCUCAAAAUGUGCUGUUAUCACUGAAGAGAAUGGAAGAAGCACAUCUAAAUACUGCAGCCAUACUUAUGAGCCUGGUGACUCUGUUGUAUUCUUCAUAGACAAUGAUGAUGUCCAGCUGAAGAAAACCUUCACUGUGAAUUUACUCCAAAAACCCAAGGUGGAAUGUAAAAUAUCCAAAAUGGAACACAUCACAUGCCAAUCAUGGGGUUAUCCAUUGUCAAACUGGAAAUGGCUAAGAAGCUAUAAUGACUCUCAUAACUGCACAGAAGUGAUCACAGAGGGGAUUACAUAUGGAUCACCAUACAGAUCCGCAAAGGCCUGGGAAUCUACUAGCUCCCUGAUUCUGCACAGUGACAGGGGAUCAUUUAUCAUCUGCAGCUGUGCAAACAAUUCUGUUGGGUUAACAUGCACUCAGACCUUAGUCAAUCAACAAGAAAAGAAUAAUUUCGUUUUUUCAAUUGCAACUGGAACCUGUGGGCUCUGUUUAUCUAUUGUAGCCAUUGUAUUCAUCGUGGUGCUAUGCAAGUACAAGAAGCAAUACAAGUAUGAAAGCCAACUCCUAAUGAUCCAGUAUGUUGGUCCUUCAGACAAUGAAUACAUCUACAUUGAUUUCAGUGUAUUAGAGUAUGACUUAAAGUGGGAGUUUCCAAGAGAAAAUCUGGAAAUCGGCAAAACAAUCGGUUCUGGAGCAUUUGGAAAAGUGGUCACUGCUACAGCAUAUGGAAUCAGCAAACCAGGGGUCUCACUGCAGGUGGCUGUCAAAAUGCUGAAAGAAAAUCCUGAUGCUUCAGAGAAAGAGGCUUUAAUGUCAGAACUAAAAAUGAUGAUUCAGAUUGGACAUCAUGAAAAUGUAGUGAAUUUGCUGGGAGCAUGUACCACAUCAGGUCCAGUGUAUCUCAUUUUUGAAUACUGCCCCUAUGGUGAUCUUCUCAACCACUUGAAGUCUAAAAGAGAGACAUUUCAUAAGACGUGGUCAGAUGUCAUUAAGGGCAACAAUUUCACAUUUUACCAUAAUUUUAACCAGGAAGAGAAGUUCAGAGACCGAGUUGUGACAUCAGUAAGCAACUGUUCCUACAGUAGACUACAUUCGGCACAAGAAUGUGACAAAAAUCAGCACAGCUGGGACAUGUCUUCUGGGCACACUGAGCUCCACCAAGGUGAAGAAAUUAAGUACCAAAACACAAGGAAGUACGAAGAUGAGGAUCUGAACAUCCUCACACUGGAAGAUCUGCUCUCCUUCUCCUAUCAAGUUGCAAAGGGGAUGGAGUUCCUUGAAUCAAAGAUGUGCAUCCACAGAGACCUUGCAGCCAGAAAUGUACUCAUAACUGGUGGAAAGAUGGCCAAGAUAUGUGACUUUGGACUUGCCAGAGAUGUUGAAAAUGACUCAAAUUAUGUGGUUAAGGGCAAUGCUCGCCUUCCAGUUAAAUGGAUGUCUCCGGAGAGCAUAUUUCAUGGAAUCUAUACCAUUAAAAGUGAUGUGUGGUCAUAUGGCAUAAUGCUUUGGGAGAUAUUCUCACUUGGGGUAAAUCCAUAUCCAGGCAUGCCAGUCAAUGCAAACUUUUACAAGCUCUUACAAAGUGGAUUUAAGAUGGACCAGCCAUAUUAUGCUACUGAUGAAAUAUAUUUCCUGAUGCAGUCCUGCUGGGCUUCCGAUCCCAGGAAAAGACCAUCAUUUAUUGAAUUGGUUUCCUUUUUGGGAUAUCAGAUUUCAAAUACAGAAUCUGUGCUUUAUCAAAACACGAAGAAUAUCAGUGGCACAGUCAACGUAACAGUCAGUGAAAAGAAUGUGGAUUGUCAGUCUGCGCUCACACCUCUUAUAUAG